AUGUCAUCUGUACAUGUUAACGGGGUUGCUGGAGCCAGCGUCCUGCGGCCACGCGCAAUGCUGCCAAAACGCCAGAGCGAAGACCAUUGUCUCUCAACCUCUGCGAGCGCAGAUAGGCUAUCAUUUUAUUUAUCAAGACGCACCCCCAUCAGUACAAUCGAUAUCAUGCGCAAGGAAGCAGAUACGAGCCCAGGCGAAACGAAGAUUGUUCUACUCAAUCGAUUACAAACCUAG